AUGUCAGACUACCUUAAGUUUUCUCUGAGCCCGCUGGGCAACCACAAGGGUAAAAAGCAUAUCAUAAUAGUGGGUGCCGGUAUCAUCGGUGUUUGCACAGCGUACUACAUCGUCCACCAUCCCAAAUUCGACCCUGCCACUCAUCACAUCACCAUCAUCGAGUCUAAACGGGUUGCCGGCGGUGCUUCAGGUAAGGCCGGUGGUUUACUUGCAUUAUGGGCGUUCCCCCAACAAAUCGUCCCCUUAUCGUUCGAUCUACACCAAGAAUUGUCAGAUAAAUACAACGGUGAAGAGGAAUGGGGGUACCGUCGCCUUACCACGGUGCUGUUGGAAGGCGAUCUAUCACAUUUGAAAGACCACGACUUUGACGACGACGACCCCGUGUUUGUAACCGAGGAAACAUAUAAGCAACCGCAUGACCUGGACUCUCUGUCCACUCUGUUAGGCCUGGACAAACCGCCUAAAAAGACACUGAGAGUGACGAGGUCGCUGGCAGCGAAAAGUGCCACCAAGCUUCCCCCUGACCUCAACUGGAUAUCCCUGUCUUUAAUCGAUAAUUGCCUGAGCUUGGGGGGCACUGAUACCACUGCACAAGUACACCCAUAUAAAUUUACCAAUUUCCUUUUGAAAAAGGCGGUUGAAGACUCAAAGGGACUGAUUGAUUUGAUCAUUGGUAAGGUCAAUCAAAUUCUUUUCUCCAUGGAAACUGGGCGUGCCACCGGCGUUGCCUAUACCCCCACACUGGUCAAGCUGAAAGACCAGGGUCUGGUUAAAUUACAAGGGGACCAGAUCGUGCUUUCCGUCGGCCCUUGGACACUGAAAAUUUUACCCGACUGCCCCAUUCUGGGACUACGGGCCCACUCAAUCACGGUGGCACCUUUCAAAGACCAGCCCGUGUCCCCUUAUGCUAUCUUUACUGAGUUCAAAACGGGGCCUGCUCUGUACAUUUCGCCAGAGAUUUAUGCCCGUCAGGACGAGGUGUAUGUUUGUGGCGAAGGCGAUCUGGCAGUGGACGUUCCCGAAACUACGGACGACGUUGAAGUAGUCAAAUCCAAGUGCGACGAGUUGUUCAAGCAAGUGGGUAAGAUCUCACCAAAUUUGCGCAGGGGUCAUAUCUUGAAGAAGCAGGCGUGUUACUUACCAGUCCUUGAUGUCCCCUCACUGCUGGGACCAUUGAUUGGUGAAACUAAUGUGGAGAACUUGUACUUGGCUCUGGGUCACCUGUGCUGGGGGAUCAAUAAUGCUCCAGGCACCGGCAAGAUUAUGAGUGAGUUGCUCUUGGAUGGCGACGCUGUCCUGGCAGACAUAACUGGCUUGGACCCUCUGUUAUACUUUGAUGCGUCCGUUCUUGUUUCUGACGGCGAGUACGACGAUUUUCUGGAGGAGGAAUCUGCCACUGACGAUAAUGAUGACGAUGAUGAUGACGAAGGCAGCGAAGAAGAAGUCAGUGAUGAAGGAGAUGAUGGUUACGAAGAAGAAAGCGAAACUAAUCGUGACAAACCCGUUGCCAAACCUAGGGUUCGCAAGAAUGGAAUCCAUAUCACUUCAGAGGCGGUUUAG